UAUUAAUUCUGAUGUGUAGCCGUGAAAAGAAGUUUAUUUUCAAAAUAUAUUACUGCUAAAGAAAUACAUAUGUAUGUACGUGCAUAUGUAUUUUCUUUUUAGAAAACAAAAUGCGCCAUUUCCUAAUGUUUUUUCUUAUUAUUAUGGCACUCACUACGAUUUUCUACAUAUUAAGUGAACGUCCACAUUGGGACUAUAUAGGAUCCUUCAAAUCCGGCACUGGACACAACGAAAUGCGUCAUAGGCGUCCCACCUAUCAUAUUGUUGCAGUCGCCUGUGGCCAGCGGGCCCAAGAGACUUUAGUUAUGAUAAAGUCGGCAAUCCUUUUUAAUUAUUAUCACGAAUGCCUCAAGUUCUUAAUAUUUACGGAAGAUCCAUUAACUGAAAUAAUAAGAGAGAAGCUGACGGACUGGCGUGAUACACUCCCCCAACUCUUUGAAUUUGAGCUGUUGCCAUUAAAAUUUCCAAAUCAAAGUGAGAUGGAGUGGAAAACCCUGUUUAAGCCAUGUGCUGCACAACGCCUAUUUUUGCCGUCCCUAUUGAUGGAGGUCGACUCGUUGUUAUACGUUGAUACAGAUAUUUUAUUUUUAUCACCGAUAACGGACAUUUGGAAAUUUUUUGACAAAUUUAAUGACAGUCAAGUCGCUGCCUUAGCUCCUGAGCACGAAAAUGGAAAUGUUGGAUGGUAUAACCGUUUUGCACGGCAUCCUUUUUAUGGUCCACUUGGAGUAAACUCUGGAGUCAUGCUGAUGAACCUCACACGCAUGCGAAACUUCAAUUGGGAACAACAUGUAUUUCCUAUUUAUAAAGAAUAUAAGUUACGCAUAACCUGGGGUGACCAAGAUAUUAUAAAUAUAAUUUUUUAUUAUCAUCCCGACAAACUACAUAUCAUUCCAUGUGCAUACAACUAUCGCCCAGAUCACUGCAUGUAUAUGACUAUUUGUAAUACUUCUUAUUCAGGAAUAAAAUUAAUACAUGGUAAUAGGGGCUACUUCCAUUCCAAUAAGCAACCAUUAUUUAAAAUAAUUUAUGAUGCUAUUGAAAGUUUUCAAUUUAGUUCUAGUGUAUACACCGAUUUUUUGUUGCCGCUUCGUUUAGCAUUAAGGGCCCAGUCUGUUAAUGAAUCUAGUUGUGGAAAAAUUUCAGGUGAUAUUCUCUUAGUGGCGAAUAAUCUAUUCGGCGCUAGUUAUUAGAUACAAAAUAGUAUUAACUAUUUUUAGCACUCACUAGCCUUACAGUCCAUAGUGAAAAUCCCAGCUAAAUUAAAAGUCGUAAAAUAGGGAUAUAUUAUCCAUCCCCAUUUAAUUAUUAGAGGUUUUUCAUUUCAUAUUUCAACUGAAUAAUAUGAAAAUUUUUCAUUUCCUUAUAAUCUUUACUAAGGUGUUUCUCUUCUCACAUCUUUUCACUUUUCUUUUUAUUUUGGGAAAGUGAAGAAUUUUAGACAAACAGGUAAAUUUUCGGAAAAGCUUUACGCGAAGAACAAUUGGGACAGGAAAAUAACUAAUACUAGACACUAGAUUAGCCUAGACAAUGAUUUAAGCUCGAACAGUCAUUCAAAAUAAUAAGCUAUGGAAAGGUUUGUUAAUCACAUGGAACAUUUUAUGUAUGGUCCCAACUAAUUUAUUAAUUUAUGGAAAAUUACGGCACACUCGUAAGAUGAAAGGUUGAUAAACUAUUAUUUCAUUAUGUAAUACCAUUGUACUUGCCCUAUUAUUAGUUUGACUUUUUUUUUUUUUAAUAUUAUUGUAUAUGUAAAAUGUAGGUUUUAUUUUAAUG